GUCUACACUGCACAAAAUGGACUAAAUUUGAUAUUGAAAUGUACGAUGUUGAUGAUAACCAAGGCCUAGAUCUAGAAUCAACUACAUAUGUAACAAGACCACAAGCAUCAGAACUUGUUUGUUUGAACUAGUUUCACCAUGUAUAUUCAAGUGUCAACAAUUACAAAUCCCAGAUGUUAACCUGCUUUAAUUUCAAGCCCAAAUUGAACAUCAGUCAUGUCGUUGGCUAAGUUUUUGCCUAUCACCCCUGAGCAGGAAGAACUGCUUUGGGAGAAGAAGCAUUUAAGUCUCGACUCCUCCUCUGGUCUCCUCCAGGCUGUUAUUUUUUACCUGAUCAAAUGCUUUGGGCUAUGGCAAGGUAAAUUUGUACGUCUGCUCACCACAAAUCAUGUGACAUUUGGCGAGGAUGAGCUUGGUAAUUUCGUAGCCAUUGAUGUGCCUUCAGUUACGAAAUCCGGACGAAUUGUUAAGCGGUACGACGACCCGGAUAAUCCGAGAAGCAUUUAUAAAAUUAUUAAAAUCUAUCAUGGGUACCUAGCCAACGAAGGGCCUUUUUUAGUUCGUCCAAUAUCAUCGAUUAAGGAGUAUGUGUGUUAUAGUCCAUGGCCAAUAGGUAUUGGUGGCAUUGAUCAAACAGUCAGUAACCUUAUGAAAGAAAUUGGCUGUCAUGAGUCGUACACUAAUUGUUCAGUCAGUCUACUUUCAGUGGAGAUUCUCAAGAAUAUUGGAAUAGGUUGUCACUGCAUCGGAACUUGGACGCUCCGGCUGUGCUUUAAAUCUGCUAAAGCAUUUUUUAAAGAUGCGGUGAAGUCGUGUACAAAAGUGAACUGCGAGGAGAAGAACCAGCAGGUGUGCCUGCUAGUCAGCAGACUGCUGGAUCCGCCCUACCCCCCAGAGAGUGCCAUGCUACUGGCAGAAAGAAGACAUGUAGGGGACUUGUUUAAAAAUAAAACUAUUCACUCUAUACCUCCACUGAAUACGCAAGCUUUCAACUCCUGGCUGGGGAACAUUAAGACAGAACCCAUGGAGUUUAAUGAGGAGGUGGUGUACCAAAACACUGAAGAGCUGGCGCAGUCUUCUUGCACCACAUUCUCACAACAGUCUACCUUAGGGAGCAGCCAUAAAGUCAGGGUCAACACAAAACUGAACAAGUCCAAUGCCGCAAACUCUUCUGCUUCGCCGGGUAAUAAAUCUCUUUCAAAGAAAAAUGAUUUUAAAAUUGUUGCUGUUAAGUCUAUUUCUGAAAAAGAUUUCUGCGUGCAGGAAAACGGCAGGGAAAAUUCCUCAGUAGCGGGUGUUUCAAAACAUUCGGAUCCGAGCCAUGUUGGUAAACGAAAAGUUCCGUCAAGUGGUCAGGAUUUAAAUGACGAGCCAGCUCUACAGUCUAAAAUACCAAAGCUGGAGCCUGGUGAAGAAACGACAAAUCCAGAAACUGAGAAAUCACAUUUUAUUGGCAGGCAGAUAAAAGAAGAAAUAAAUGAAGAUUUAGUUGAUGAUUUGCCAGUAACUUUUAUUAAAAGUGAAGUCACUGACCCCACUGAAGAUGAGGGGUAUAAUUGUUCUAACGAAUUCAAUGCGACAGAUGAAUAUAAUGCAACGAGUUGUUGUAAUGAUUAUGACGCAACUGGUUGUUCUAAUGAAUGUGACACAGCAGGAUGUUCAAAUGAGUAUGAUGCAAGUGAUGUAUCUAUUAAACAAGAAGUAAUUUCUAAUGAUGAUUUAGUGGAAGAGGCUGAUCUUGAACACGAGGAUUUAGAUGAGAACACACUUUUAUCUAGUAAAGUGAUCCAUGACAGUAAAUCAUCAUUAGUAUUAGGACAUGACUUUGUGUUAGAGGAUUGUAAAAAAGAAGGAAUCACACCUGGUGGGAUAGCCCACAUUACACCUAAAAGUAAAAGAGGCAACAUAAAUGACCUGUCUUCAGAUAGUGCACCAGGUGAGAAUGAUAAUCAUGAUGACUGUGCAGAUUUGAGCCAGGUGGGGGUACAGUCCCACGUAGGGACGGUCACACUAACACCAGGUAAGAAUGGUAGUAUCAGACAGGUCAGGGGUGACAACACUGCCAGUACUCACAUGCACACAGAGCCUGUUGUGGACACAGAGGACAGUGCAGACUCACUCACUGGCACUGAACCCAUUUUAUCCAACACCAUUAAACACGGAUCUACAACAUCCUUGAACAAUCAACCAUCAACGAGUGUUAAAAUUCUAUGUAAAAAUACAUUAGAAUCUAUGAAUAACCAAACUGACUGCUCAUUACCAUAUUCUGAUACUUCAGAUUCGAAUCUUAAUUCUAAAAUAUCUUUGGCUUGUUCUUCAGAUUAUAUUCCCACAAAACAGAAUUUCCAAAACGAAAUUUCAAACUCUUCAGCUAUUCCAUGUAAAGUACCAAAACAGAAUUUCAAAAAGUCAACCAGGUCUAGACCUGGCUUAAGACUGAAAAGAAAUCAAAUCUCACAUUAUCUUAAAAGAAAACAGCUCCAGCACUUGACUCCGUACAUAUCUGCUCUUAAAUCAAAAUCUUUUCCCACCACCUCCUCUAGCUCUGAGCCCAUCCCACCCCCGGCGUCACUUCUUGACUCGGAGAGAAUCAACAUGGUCACUAAAAGUGGUAUCUACUACUUCAAAAGCGACCACGGCAUGCAGGUGACUAACCAGGUGCUUGAGAUUAAAGAAGAAAACAAUUCCCGGAGGAUUACAAUCAGUGAUAUCCCAUGUGUUAAUCCAUCCCUACCCCAGGCUAGGUCGGACACGGCAAAGAGCAGCGAGUCCCCGCCGUCUGAGUUCAAGUUCGGCAACUAUUUCCCCGAGGGCACAAUGAUACCAGCCAGUGGAUUAAAACUUUUAACAAAGUGCGGACCUAAUGGAUUAGAAGUUGUUCUUAAAUUUGACUUCUGCAAAGAUUCUUAAUGCUGAAGUAAUAAUAUUGUAAUGUUAUUGUUUUGUUUAUUUACUACAUUGAAGCUAUCAUCAAGGGUAAACUUAUAUACAUAUUUUAUUUCAGCCAUAUAAUGUUGAGGUUUAAAACAGUGAGAGGUAACUCUUAUAUUACUUAAUCGUACUCCUUUAUUUAAUAUACCAUUAUUUGGUAUUGAUAAAUCAAAUGAGAAUACAUUUUAUCACAAUUCAUUGAGACUGUUAAAGAUGUCUUAUAAAAUAAGUCAAUAACAAUU